GGCUGAGCCUGGAGAAGCAGAGUCGAGAGGCUUAGCGUCCGUGGGGUUGGGGGUCUGGCCCAGGCUGCGGAGCGCGAGGGAGGACUGGGCCUCGCCUUCUAGUGGGGGACAUGGACAAAUAAACCAGUACCUAUGCGAUGACAGAUCACGUGGUGUUUGGAUGGUGAAAAAAAAUCACAGGGCAGGGGAUAGUGGUGCAGAAAUGCCUCUCUGAGCUGACAUUUGAGCCAAAGCUGGAUGAGGGAGAAGGCCCCCAGAGAAAAGCCCAACCAGCUGCCGCUCCGGCAGCCCCGCCAGGGCCCCACCGAUGAGGCGCAGAUGGCCGCCGCCGCCGCCCUGGCCCGGCUGGAGCAGAAGCAGCCGAGGGCGCGGGGCCCCACGUCGCAGGACGCCAUCCGGAACCAGGUGAGAAAGGAACUUCGAGCGGAAGCGACUGUCAGUGGGAGCCCGGAAGCCCCAGGGACCAACAUGGUGCCCGAGCCCAAAGAGGAAGGCUCGACACACCUGGCAGUGCCUGGAGUGUACUUCAUCUGCCCGCUCACGGGGGCCCUCCUGAGAAAGGACCAGCGGGACAGCCACGUCAAAGAGGCCAUUGCCUCGCAUUUCUCCACUGACCCUGUAGCUGCUUCCAUCAUGAAAAUCCACACGUUCAACAAAGACCGGGACCGGGUGAAGCUGGGCGUGGACACCAUCGCCAGGUACCUGGACAAUAUCCACCUGCACCCCGAAGAGGAGAAGUACCGGAAGAUCAAGCUGCAGAACAAGGUGUUCCAGGAGCGUAUUAACUGCCUGGAGGGGACCCAUGAGUUUUUUGAGGCCAUCGGCUUCCAGAAGGCACUGUUGGCAGUUCCAGAUCAGGAGGGCCCCGAAGAGUUCUAUGUGCUCAGUGAGGCCGCCCUGGCCCAGCCCCAGAGCCUGGAGAGGCACAAGGAGCAGCUGCUGGGCGCCGAGCCCCUGCGGGCCACAUUGGCCCGCCAGCGCCGCGUCUUCCGGCCCUCACCCCUGGCCUCGCAGUUCGACCUGCCUGCCGACUUUUUCGGCCUCACGGCCGAGGAGGUCAAGCGGGAGCAGAGGCUCCGGUCUGAGGCGGUGGAGCGGCUGAGCAUGCUGCGGACCAAGGCCAUGCGGGAGAAGGAGGAGCAGAGAGAGAUGCGCAAAUACACCUACACACUGCUGCGCGUGCGCUUGCCCGAUGGCUGCCUCUUGCAAGGGACCUUCUACGCCCGGGAGAGGGUGGCGGUACUGUACAGUUUUGUCCGGGAGGCUUUGCAGAACGACUGGCUGCCCUUUGAGCUGCUGGCCUCCGGGGGGCAGAAGUUGUUGGAGGAUGAGAACCUGGCUUUCAAUGAGUGCGGGCUGGUGCCCUCGGCCCUGCUGACCUUCUCCUGGGAUGCGGCAGUGCUCGAGGACAUCAAGGCCGCGGGGGCCGAGCCGGAGUCUAUUCUGAAACCCGAGCUCCUGUCGGCCAUCGAGAAGCUCUCGUGAAAUAAAAGCAGGGUUGGCUUCAGCCCCCGUGGCCCGUCUCAUGCUCUCCUGCUUCCUGCACCACUGCCGCUGUCCCAGCGUCCCUCCACUCCAGGGCCUCCUGCCUCCUCUGAGACCAUUUGCCCAGCCCACAGAGCGCCUGGGCAGGGGAGGGCCGCUGGUUGGCCUGUGACCGCCGCCCAGAGAGCUUUCAGGGACAACGGCCACACUGGGUCUAAGUCUUCUCCAGCUGCUCUUAACCUGUUUAACAACCCCAGGCAGGAUGGAUAGGCAGGCAACUCCCUGGGCAGGAGAGUGGCCCAGGUGCCACUCCUGGCCUGAGGGCACCUUGUAGGGUGGCUGGUGUCAGUGGCAUAAGAGGGAGAAACUGGGCUUGGCAGGACAGAAUUAUAUAAAUUCUGAACCCAAAUAAACAGGCUGUUUGCCUCGUC